CAGCGUCACUGCCACUGCAGGCUGCUGGCAUCUGCCGCUGCCACAGGCUCCGGAGCCACCAGGCACUGUGUGAAGCAGAGACGCGGCUGGCCACAUGGGCAGCACCAUGGAGCCCCCCGGGGGUGGGUACCUGUACCUGGGCGCUGUGACAUCGCCAGUGGGCACGGCCCGCGUGCUGCAGCUGGCCUUUGGCUGUACCACCUUCAGCUUGGUGGCCCACCGGGGCGGCUUCGAUGGCGUCCAGGGCACCUUCUGCAUGGCCGCCUGGGGCUUCUGCUUCGCGCUCUCGGUCCUAGUGGUGGCUUGUGAGUUCACCCAGCUGCACAGCUGCCUGCGCCUGUCCUGGGGAAACUUCACAGCAGCCUUCGCCAUGCUGGCCACGCUGCUGUCCGCCACAGCUGCGGUCAUCUACCCACUGUACUUCACCCAGCUGGAGUGCCCACCCGAGCCCGCGGGCUGCACAGCCAGGGACUUCCGCCUAGCAGCCAGCAUCUUCGCCGGGCUCCUCUUCCUGGCCUAUGCCACGGAGGUGGCCCUGACUCGGGCCCGGCCAGGCCAGGUGGCCAGCUACAUGGCCACGGUGUCGGGACUCCUCAAGAUCGUCCAGGCCUUUGUGGCCUGCAUCAUAUUUGGGGCGCUGGUCCACGACAGCCGCUACGGGCGCUACGUGGCCACCCAGUGGUGUGUGGCCGUCUACAGCCUGUGCUUCCUGGCCACAGUGGCCGUGGUGGCCCUGAGCGUGAUGGGCCACACGGGGGGCCUGGGCUGCCCCUUCGACCGUGUAGUGGUGGUGUAUACCUUCCUGGCUGUGCUCCUCUACCUCAGCGCUGCAGUGAUCUGGCCCGUCUUCUGCUUCGACCCCAAGUACGGUGAGCCUGGGCGCCCCCCCGACUGCCUGAGGGGCAGCUGCCCCUGGGACAGCCAGCUGGUGGUGGCCACCUUCACCUAUGUCAACCUGCUCCUCUACGUCGCCGACCUGGCCUACUCCCAGAGGAUCCGCUUCGUGCCUACCUUGUAG